AUGUCCUACGAGGAGGGAAUACCGAGGAACAUGACAAAAUCAUACUGGAGCAAUGUCGCCACGAGAUGGAAUUCGAACGCGGACAGUAAUGUCUGGAUAAAACUCCUGGGAACGACGGACAUUCAGUCGCAAUUUACAGGCGUCAAUACUGUCCGAUUCGAUUGGGGAGAAAAUAUAUGCCUGGAAAAUGUCGAAAUCAAUUCUGCACCCUUAUAUCCGCCUUACCCAACCUGGUUCCAUGGAAAAUCUAUUUUCGAAGUCGGAAAGGUCAAUUGUGUCGCGCCUUCCAUCAAUAAACAGAAGAAAAAUCGGAAAAAGGCGAAAAAAGAAAGGAAGAAGUCAAAAUUGGCGACGAUUGAAUGGAUGGAAAAGCACACGAACGCACACGGAGACGAUGGGGGAUGUCCGGUGCCGGCGAUUCUUGAAAGCAGAGGAGUCGUUUUUACGCGCGCUAAAAAUAACUUGGAUGCUUCUAAUGGGGCCUUCUCUCCAGGAACGCGACUGCUUCUCAGCUGUGAAAACGGCAUGGAAACGCGCCCUAGAAAACGCUUAAAAUGCAAGUGCAAAACGAACUCGGGGUAA